UCAAAAUCUGAAGCUAAAAACAGAUACACGAUCAUAUUACUGAAAAUAUACGUAUAAAUACAUUUAUUAUUCAUAUAUACACAAAACACAUUUAAUCCGUAACGUUAUUAUGGCGUUUGAUGAAGAUAUGAAAAUGUCGUCUUUCCUUAGAGAAGAAGAGCACCACUCGCUAUCGAGGCUCUCCGUUUGUUAUAACCACGACGGUGAUGAAGCCGACGUAGAGCCGUCCGACUCCGACGAAAAACUUGUCGGCGGAGGAGAGAAAGCCAUGGAGCAGCAGCUAGAGUUUUCAGAUUCCGACAAAGGGUCAACGGGUUGUCAGUCACUUCCGGCGACGCCACCAAGAUGGAGAAGGCGGCGAGGUUCGACGCUGAGCUCGCCGGUGUCCGGAGAUAAAGCUUACGCGAGCGAGAACGAAGCGGGAAAGAAAAAACAAGAGAGUAACAACAAUCCUAGGAGGAGGAGGAAGUUGCGACCGGAGUAUCCGCCGUGGGUGGACAGUAUGCGGAGGAGCUAUGCUGAAGAACAGAGCGGUUACGGUGGAGGAGUGGUGGUGGUGACGAAGCCUAAAGGAGGAGGAAGGCCAUUGUGUAUGGAUUUAGGGGAAGUCGAAGCUUGUAAGGAUUUAGGAUUUGAGCUCGAACCGGGUCGGGUCUCUUAUUCCGGGUCAACGAUGGGUACUAGUAGUGGCGGCAAUUCUCCCGUCUCCCCCAACCACCGUAUCUCUAGUCCCGGGGAUGAUCCAAACAAAGUGAAAGCUAGGCUGAAGGCAUGGGCGCACGCUGUGGCUUUUGUGUCUACCACUCAUCGUCAACGUCCUUCCUAAUUCUUUUUGAUC